AUUGAUUCCUGAUUUGAGAAAAACACGAUAACAAGAAUGGAUGGCAGCAUUAGGGGAAGAGUGCAGGUGAGAGAUAGGGCAUUGGAGCAUGGGGAUGCAGAAGCGGUAAUAAUUGGGGGUAUGGUGUUGGACAUUCAUGCUACGCCUUCAUUGCAGCCAAAUCCUGGAACCACUAUCCCUGGCAAGGUCUAUUAUGUCCAAGGAGGAGUGGCAAGGAAUGUAGCAGAGUGCAUGUCAAAGCUAGGGGUAAAGCCAUACAUGAUUAGUGCUCUUGGGUUUGACAUGGCAGGAAACCUGCUGUUGGAACAGUGGAAAUCUGCUGGCCUAUCUACAGAAGGUAUUUUGAAGGAUAAAGAUAUUGAGACUCCAGUUGUAUGCAAUAUAUUUGAUACUAAUGGUGAGGUAGCAGCUGGUGUUGCUAGUGUGGAAGCUCUUGAAAAAUAUCUUACACCUGACUGGAUCCUGCACUUCAAAAGCACUUUACUUUCUGCUCCAGUGUUGAUGGUUGAUGCAAAUCUGAGUCAUCCUUCUCUGGAAACUGCUUGUAGAAUGGCAGCUGACACAGAGUGUCCUGUGUGGUUUGAGCCAGUAUCAGUUACUAAAUCCCGAAGAAUCAAUUCUAUUGUCAAGUAUGUAACUUUUGCUUCUCCAAAUGAAGAUGAACUUAUUGCAAUGGCAAAUGCUUUAUCUAACUCUAACAGUGAUGAGUUUCAUCCACUUAAAGAAAGUCAAAAGAAAAACAGCCUUUCAGCAGUAUCUUUGUUUCAAAUGCUGAAACCAGCAGUAUGGGUUUUACUGGAGAAAGGCAUUAAAGUGGUCCUAGUGACCUUGGGCUCAACUGGAGUUUUUUUAUGCAGUAAAGGAGGGCCAAGUUGUUUUAAAAUUCCUGCAGAGAAAACAAAUCGGUGUGGCUUUGGUGGACAAUUAUACAAGACUGUUAUGCAAAAAUGUCCUCCUAAUUGUUAUUCUGGUUUUUCUGAAUUUGAUAGAAGCUCUCAUCUCUUUGCUGUGCAUUUUCCAUCACUUCCUGCAUCAGUGGUGAGACUUACUGGCGCUGGUGAUUGCUUAGUUGGUGGAACACUGACGUCAAUUUGUUCAGGAUUAGAUAUUAUGCAAAGUGUGUCUGUUGGCAUUGCAGUUGCUAAAGCUGCUGUUGAGGUUGAGGCUAAUGUUCCUUCUGCUUUCGAUUUAUCUGCUAUCACAGAUGAUGCUAAAUCUGUAUACUCUGGUGCCAAGCUGCUCUUCCACCAAUCAAUGCUGUAAAUUUUGUACGAGGAUCAUCAUAGAUAAACAGCUUAAGUUGUGCUCUAACAACCACCUUUGCCCAGAGGAAAAAAAAUUGCUACAUCAUCCCAAUGUUUUAUGUAAUUGAAUUAUGAAUCAAUAACUGUUUUUGGAAUUUUUAUGAAGUUGACAUUUAUCUGUAAGAGUACAAUUGAUAUAUACCUUAUUUCGUCAACCCCUGGUACUUACACUAACAUCUAUUGACAUGUUGUACUUGAUCGUGUCAUUUCUGUCCUUGUAAUGAAUUUC